CGCGGCCUGCGAGCCUCUCUCUCUCUGUCUCCCCGCCGACGGGGACGGAAUGGAGACGGAGGCGUUGUUGCUGGAGGCUCGCGAGAGCGUCGAGGCGGCGCGCACCUACCGCCGCGAGCUGCAGCAGCGCCUGAAGGGGCUGCAGUUGGCCCGGCAGCAGGUAACGGGGGCGCCGGGUGGAGCAGCUGAAGGGGACCGGGAGGUGUUGCAAAGCGCUGCGGAGCCCCUCUCAGGCUGCAGCUGAGAUAUCCCUGCCGAGGGUCGGGGCAAUUCGGUAUGGUGUCGGUAUUGCUCCUUCUCUACUCCUGACAGGGCUUUUUGCGCCUUCUCUGCAGCGACGGCUGCUGCUCCUCCCGAGGGCGCCAGGAGGAAACGUUUUUAUCUCUCUCUCUAGUCUAUUUCUUUGGCUUUUUUGAAUAUCCUUUUAAACGUGUUUGCUAGGCGGGGCUUAUUAGUUUGUUCUGGGUUUUUGCGUUGUGUUUUUUGUUGUUCUCUUUUCUUUUCGUUUUUUUGAAUAACUUUAUUAUUAUUAUUAUUAUUAUUAUUAUUUCCAAGAUUUUAAAAACAAUAUAUUUCCAUAUAUAUAUAUAUAUAUAUAUAUAUAUACCUGGCGUGCUCUGGUCCAUGGGGUCACGAAGAGUCGGACACAACUAAACGACUAAACAACAACUAUAUAUAUAUAUAUAUAUAUAUAUAUAUAUAUAUAUUUGUCCAGUAGCACCUUAGAAACCAACUAAGUUUGUUCUGGGUAUAAGCUUUCGUGUGCAUGCACACUUCUUCAGAUACCAACAUUUUUCCAUUCAUCUUGACACCAAAUUCAUCUUGUCUGACUUCCCCCGCCCCCCACUGGUUUCCAAUUUUUUUUACAUUUCUUCCCCUUGCAUACAAUUACUUUUCCAAUUCAUUUUUUAAUUCUUAUUUUUUAACUAAUAUAUCAAAUUACUUCAUAAAUGCUACACCAAUCCUGCUAAUCUUUUAACAUAUUUACAUUGUUCUUUGACAUCUAUAAAUUUUAUCCAAUCUUGCUUGAGUUUCUUCUCGUCUUUUUUUGAAUAACUCUUUAUCUGGUUUUAUAAAACAAGAAUAAUGUUAUAUAAAUAAGUAUACCAAGUUUUCUCAUGUCAUUUGUAUGUCACAAAAAUAGCAUAAUAAAUGUGGAGUAAUAUCAACAACAUAUGGUUCAUUAUUAGUGGUCAGUGUAUAAGUUAUUGGUUCAUGAACUGGUUUAAACAAAGGGGAAAUAGGAUAGAAGAGAAUCUUUUUUUUUUUUUUGUAGGAAGAAAAGAGGGGGAAAGAAGGGAUGGGGGUGGAAAUGGUAAGUGGGAUGGUGUCGGGUGGUUAUGUUGUGGUGUUCUCGUUUUGAAUUUUUCAUGCCACAAACCACCUUGGUAAUCUUUGGGUGAAGGGCGGUAUACAAAUUUAAUAAAUGAUGAUGAUGGUGGUGAUAAUCAGUGCUUUUUUUCCUGGGGAAAAGGUGGGGGAACUCACCUUGAAAGUUAGUUGGUUAAUUAUGGGCCUAGUGCCCCCCACACACAUAGACACCCCACAGGCGGUGGCAAAAUAUUAAUAUGUAUGUGAUUAAGGAACUUGAGCAGACAAUGAUAUGGAUCAGAAAUGGCCACAACUUUAUUGAUUACAGGUAUAGGUGGAUUUUGGUCUCAGGUAUAGGGUGUAUGUCCGUUCCGGCCCCCGCAGAUAAUAAUAAUAAUAAUAAUUUGAUUUUUUUAAAAAAGAUAAGGGAACUCAAGAUGCCCCGAGUUCCUGUUCAAAAAGCCCACUUAUUAUUAUUAAUAAUAGGCAUCAUCAGUGUGCUCUUGUGCCAUAGCCAAGGGCAAAACUGGACAUUAUGUUGCCUGGGUCAAAGACUCAGUUUGGCAUCUAAGAGCAAUAGCUAUUGUGGGAGGGGCGGGGGAGUUAGCUGAGUUUCUUGCUCCUAGUGAAGCUUGCAAAGGGGCUCCAUUGAGGCUUCCAUCCAUGGAUAUCUAUGUAGCUGGCUGCACAUUGUUUUUUGUAUUUUGAAAAGAAGUUCUUGCUUGUUUUGAUUAUGAUCCCUAUAGGAGCUAAUUUUUAAUGAGCUCAGACAGCUCCUGUGUGUCUUAGACAGGAAUUAAGUAGAUAUUAGAUCUGCUUGCUGACCUCUUCCAAAUGUUUGAAGACAUUUUUGCCUCUUUAGAACCAGGUUAAUUAAAUAACUCUGAAAUUAUAUAAAAUACAAACAUAAAUUAUAAAAGCAAUUUCACUGAGUAUGCACCUCACUGUAGUAAUGGUCACAGAGGUAGCCGUUUUAGUUUGUGUUGCAGCAAGAAGUAACAAACUUAUCAUUAAAUAGAGUCCACUUCAUCAGAUGCAUGAAAUAUUAUCCCCACUUGCAGGAGGAUUGUAAUCGGUGAGAUUAGGGGGGAAUUAAGUCCAAAAAAAUUCAGAUAGUGGACAAUUCAAUAAAAGCUUGAAGGUGUGCAAAAAUAAGCACAGUGACCCUUCUCUUCAUAGCAGAAGUGACAGGUGAAACACAAUCAACUUAGCAAUACUGGGUUAAUUAAUAUCUGCAGUGAGACAGGAAACUCUUGUUUUUGUACAGACCCAAAAGAAACUCUUAAUAAAUUGUAAUCCAUCUGCUUUACAUUGGAGCUCCCUUUGAAAUCUCUUUGUUCAAGAAUGCCCCCCUUAUGAUCAGCAACAGAAAUCAGCUGGUUUUUUUAAUAUUGCCAUUUCACCACGACAGAUUUGUACUCAUUGAUUCUUUUCCAAAAGCCUGCUUGACCUAUCCGGAAUGUGCUGCCUUGUUGUAGCGUGGUUAAAUAAGGGAUUGGAGCUCCUUCCCAGUGAGGAAAGGGUUUUUGAUUUAGAAAAAAAUAUUCACAGAACAUAAUUGUUCUCACUGGGUUCACUGCCACUGGCUUGUGUCUGGAAUGGCCAAUUUCUUGUUUGACUUUAAAAGUGGAUUAGACAACAGUAUGGAGGAUUGGUCUAUCGGUGUCUUUUAUACAUGAUCACCUAAUGAAACCAACCUGUUCAGAGGCACUUUGCUACUGAAGACCAGUUGCUAUUAGGAAGUAGGCUGGCAAGCUUCCUUGAAUUCCUUGGUUGGUAGAUCUUUGGUGGUCUGUUCCAGCUAGGCUACUCUUGCAUGCAGUCAAGACCUGCAGCCGGAUACAAAGGGUUAGUUUGAGUGGGAUUUUCUUCCAAGGAAGUUGGUGUUGAAUUUCAGCCUUAGGAAAUGUCUAGAACAAUGUAACAGUGUCAUCAUCAAGGUACAAUCUGGAAAAGUGCCCACUGUUACAUACAGGGUUGUACAACAGCCAGUCUUGCUUGCCACACUGUAAGCAACAUUGAAAACAUGCGUUGGUGGUGUGAGCAUUUAGGCAAGAGAGAAAUCUGUACUGCACAUACUUCAUUCUAACAUUUGGUUUAUUGGUCUUGCCUUCUGUUUAACCUCGUGUUGUGUGUGCAUAUUUAAGCUCAGUACUGUUUUGAGAAUACUUGCUUUGAUUUCUUUGAGUUGUUAUCAGGGCACAUGUUAAUAUUUGGGUUAUAGGGGCUGAAGGGCAGGGGAAGGCUAAGACUGAGUGAUUGCUCUGAAAGCGUUAUGCUCCUCUCAUUCUCAAUUAUUUUUCUAUGUAGCCGUGAACUUUAGCAUAGUGGCUGAAAUGCUUUCAUAGGCUUACCCAACUUGGUGGCUCUACUCUCUCUUACACAAGCCUCAACAUAUAGGAUGCAGUGGAGUAUUUUGACCAUUAUGCGUCACUGUAAUUUUUCUUUAAAGCUUUGGCUCCAAAGCCAUAAUUUUGUGAGCAUGUAUGUGCACGUCUUUCAAGUUCCCACAGUUGGAUAGUCAGGGCAGAUUGAGUAAAACUGAUUCCUUUAUGUAAAAGGAAAGCUUGGACAUGCUAGGUGGUGGGUGCUAUGAAGCUCCCUUGCUUAAACAUUAACCACAGUUUAGGAUUCAGAUGACAUGCUAAACUGUGAUUAAUUUCAGAAGUGAAAUCUCCCAGAAUUUGAUUGGUAAAUGAAAGCAAAACUUCUUGGACUGUUGUCUAUUACUGUCUUGUUGGCCUGUUAGUUCUGUGCCCUCCAGCAACAGCCAAUACAGUGGUACCUCGGGUUAAGUACUUAAUUCGUUCCGGAGGUCCGUUCUUAACCUGAAACUGUUCUUAACCUGAAGCACCACUUUAGCUAAUGGGGCCUCCUGCUGCCGCCGCGCCGCCGGAGCACAAUUUCUGUUCUCAUCCUGAAACAAAGUUUUUACCUGAAGCACUAUUUCUGGGUUAGCGGAGUCUGUAACUUGAAGCGUAUGUAACCUGAAGCGUAUGUAACCCGAGGUACCACUGUAACUGCUUUCAUUUAGCCAAUAUUUUCAUGGCACCCUCUUUACCGCAGAAAAGGCAAUAUUUAACUACAACUGCUUAUCUCUAAAACUUCUCAGACUCUUGGUGCCUGUUGCUGCCAACGUCUUCUGUUAGUGCCGGAUAAAUGUUUCCUGCAAAAUCCAGAUGCUAUUUGGCCUUGUAUUUGUGCAUCUAAUCUCUCUAAUCCAAACAACUGUAGGUGGAUCGGCGUAGUUACUUCCAUUGUUGAUGCUGUUCAGGCAGUGAGAUAGCCAUAUGUUGACUUUAAGGCCAGGUGUUGAUGUGAACCUGGAGAAUGUCAAGGGCCAGUGUGGUGCAAUGGUUACAACGUUGAACUUGGACUGGAGAGAUUUAAGAUCAGCCAUGGAGCUAACUGGGGCUGCACCCUUCUCCCCACGUGCCUGGGCAUCAGCCUCAUUGAAUUUAAAAUGACUUGCUUCUGAUUGGGCGCAGUGAAUAACCUUGUUCUUUUUGGAGCAUUCUUGUUCUUGGCCUAAUCUUCCUUAGUCCAAGCUGUGACUAACAUGCUCCAGGAAUCCUGGGACAACGGAGCCUUUAGUAUUGAGAUUCUGUUAAAAACAUGAAUUUGCAGUAUGGUUACCCAAGUUUUCAAGCAAGUCCACAUAACUCACUGGUCCACAAUAUUAGAUAGAACACCUGUCCACAUGGGCUUUUGGUCAUCAUUUGUGGCCCAAAUAAGAGAAAACAGAACCAACUCAGAGCUGUAGCCUAGAGACACUUAUUGCUUGCCCCAGAUGUGCAACCAAGAAGCCUCUUCUAAUCAAAUGUAGCUGCCUGCAGGCAGUGUUUUUUACGCCGGGGCAAGCUGGCAUCUUAGAUGGCAUCCUGUUCUUAACCAAAGUCCUGUUCUUUGAUUAGCCUUGGCAUUAACGUUUCUGAAUAAGAUACAGUACUUGCAUUUUCUGACCAAAGUAUUGCACCAGUGCAAAAAGGAUCCCUGACGCAAUUGAUGGAAUCACACUUAAUGUUACUUUUUCUCCACUCUGCUUCUGCGUUCUGCAUCCCUCUUCAUACACAACUGCCCAUUCAUGCAAGUGCCUGCUCAUAAAUUCAUAGAAAUGGAGGAGGCUGUAUUAUAGACCAUCUUGUGUGACUGCCUGCUUGAUGGAAGAAAUCUAGAACUCUAGAGAACAUUCUGGCUGAGGCUUAUAAGAGUUGGACUCGCAACAACCUUUGCAGGAUCCCAGAUUGCCCAUCCCUGACCUAAAGUACAGUGGUACCUCGGGUUAAGUACUUAAUUCGUUCCGGAGGUCCAUACUUAACCUGAAACUGUUCUUAACCUGAAGUACCGCGCCGCCAGAGCACAAUUUCUGUUCUCAUCCUGAAGCAAAGUUCUUAACCUGAAGCAAUAUUUCUGGGUUAGCGGAGUCUGUAACCUGAAGCGUAUGUAACCCGAGGUACCACUGUAAAUACUUUUUUUUCUUGCCCAGGCAUUUUAUAUGCUGUUUGAACAGUUUCCUUUGCUAACUUUUUAAAAAAAGUGUAUUCUUUUUAUUCCAAUGUGAAUGUAGCUUUCAUUAUUUUUAACCUUGGUAAACAGCCCUGGAAUCUGUUUCAGUGAAGGAUAAUAUAUGCGAUUAAUUUUUAAGAGACCUUACACUACUGCAGUUGUUCUGUCCUGAGUUGCCGCAUCAGUGGUUUGUUCCCCUAACAUGGAUGCUUUAUUUAUUGUGCUGGAUAAAUAAUAUACUGUACCAGCUGAUAAGUUGAGAUUUACUCAUGCAGCCACCUGGCCCUAUGUCCCUUUUUUUUGCCUUGCACAGCAUGGUGGAGGAUCUGGCCUAAAAGAUCUAGGGGGAGAAAAUAGUGCUUCCCUUCUCUUUUUCCUGCCACUUCUGUUUUAUGUAUACUUCCUUUUUUUUCUGAAGCACUGAAAGAGCAAGUGAAGUCUUAACUGCAAGGGGACUUCAAAGUCCUUUGAAUGUGGCUUAAAGAGGAAGUUAAGCUUUACAUAAUGGUAGAGCAUCCUGUGUUUUUCUGAAGAUCAAGAAGUUACAUCUGGCUAACAUCUCUGCAGCCUCUCUGAUUGAGAGAAACGUUUUAAACAACUUUUCCAUCUGGACCAGGAUUGAUUUCUCUCCUACUGAGUAGCUUAAUUCUCUUUCCAAACCAGAUUAAAUUUACAAACUAGCUCUUUAUCGUGUGAAAUGGUUAUUGCAAAAUCAUUUUGGCAUCUUGCGGAGGUGAUUGCUCACAGAAAGUCUGUUCUGAAAUUCGGCUGCUCUGCUUAGCAUAAAUUAGGCACGUUGCCGUACAAUUAGUGCCAAUUUUUAAAUUUGCACCACUGGCUUCUCUUUCCUUGCAUCGUUGCAUUGCUGAUUGCAUGAAGCUGUUGAUUAAAGGAGGGUGGCAGCAGAGGACCUUUCUGGAAUGGAUGAGAAUGGCUUGUGCCCAAUCACUCUUUCCCCCCCUUUAUGCCUGGUUUUCAGGACAGAAACUGCCCACGCUGCUUUUCUACUUAAUGUAAGCAAGAUGCUUUGUUCUGUUUUGUUAAUCAAGGAUGUGCGGAAUUCUGGGGGGAAGUUCCGCCUAAUUCUGUCGUAGUCAUUCUGCUUCCCCAUUGCAGUGCAGAUCCUUUUGAUGAGCGAUGCCAAGUGACAUCCAUAGGCUACGCCAGAUGUGGUGUGGGAAGACCUGUAAUCAGCUCUCCUGUUUUCUUUUUUAAACUUUAAAUUGGAUGCAAGGAGCACCAAGUUCAAUUGCAGCGACGAGAGGGGGAGAUGCUCUUCCUUCCUGUGCCAUUCCUCCAGUCUAAAUCGUAUUAUUAAAAUAGUUUGUAGGGAUCAGCACAAAAUGUCAAGAUGUCUGUGUAUUCAAGAACAUGGGUUAUGAAAAUGCCAUAUUUUUUGCUCUGUAAGACUCACUUUUUCCCUCCUAAAAAGUAAGGGGAAAUGUGUGUGCGUCUUAUGGAGCGAAUGUAGGCUGCACAGCUAUCACAGUAGCUAGAACAGCAAGAGGGAUUGCUGCUUUCACUGCGCAGCGAUCCCUCUUGCUGUUCUGGCUUCUGAGAUUCAGAAUAUUUUUUUUCUUGUUUUCCUCCUCCAAAAACUAGGUGCGUCUUGUGGUCUGGUGCGUCUUAUAGAGCGAAAAAUACGGUAAAUGAAUAAAAUUGUAGUCUCACAAAGUGCUUACAAAUGUGUUUACAGCCCCGCUCCCCAAACCAGCUGUUAAACUGCCUGGGGAGGGGUAUAUGUCUCUUCCCCCCUCCCCAUGGAGCUAACUGUAACUUUGAGAGGGGAGUGGUUUUUACUUUGGAGACCUUGUUUCUUAGAUUUAUGAAUACAGAUUGGGCUGUUCAUUCUCGUUUUCUGACAGGUAUAAAUAAUUAAAUUGAUGAUGAUGAUUGUAUUCCUGUAAGUUUUCUCUAUUGUACUACAUGGUUUUGAGAGCUCUCCUGCACCCUGUGAUGUUACUACAGUCAUACCUUGGUUUUCGAACAGCUUAGUUCACAAACAAAUUGGAGCUCGAACACUGCAAACCCGGAAGCAAGUGUUCCAGUUUGUGAACUUUGCCUUGGAAUCCGAACGUCCAGCGCGGCUUCCGAUUGGCUGCAGGACGCUCCUGCAGAACACUCCUGCAGCCAAUCGAAAGCUGUGCCUUGGUUCUUGAACAUUUCAGAAGUUGAACGGACUUCUGGAACGCAUUCUGUUUGAAAACCAAGGUACAACAAAUUCUGAAUGGCAAGAGCCUGAUUGGUUUUGGCCCUGCCCCAAUUGGCCCGGCUUCUCAUGCCUUUUGUCUCCUUCCAGAUCAAAGAGAGUGCGGCACUGACAAGGGAUGUACUUGAGCAGCAUUUUAAUGACUUGAAAGGGACCUUGAGAAAGCUUCUGGAUGAGCGGUUGGUGUCCUUGCUACAAGAAGUGGAUGGCAUCGAAGAGGAGAGCAUCAAACCAUUGGACGAGUGCCGAAAGCUAAUAGAACAGGGCGUUGGCACGGCUGAUGAACUCCUCCGGGAAGGUAGGAGGCUAUCUUAAAAACAUGCCAGUUCUUUUUGAGCGUGGGGGCUCCCCCCCAAAACCCCACACUUGUUUACAACACGCAUGCAGGGAUUACACUGUCUUGCCCCACUCCUCUGUCAAUGAUGCCCCCUGCACCAGUGUGGUGUAGUGGUUAAGAGCGGUAGUCUCGUAAUCUGGGGAACCGGGUUCACGUCUCCGCUCCUCCACAUGCAGCUGCUGGGUGACCUUGGGCGAGUCACACUUCUCUGAAGGUCUCUCAGCCUCACUCUCCUACAGAGUGUUUGUUGUGGGGGAGGAAGGGAAAGGAGAUUGUUAGCCACUUUGAGACUCCUUAGGAUAGUGAUAAAGCGGGAUAUCAAAUCCAAACUCUUCUUCUUCUUCUUCUUCUUCUUCUUCUUCUUCUUCUUCUUCUUCAUCUUAGGUGACAGUUGACUGGUCCUGCUUAGGUACCAAUAUACACAUACAAGACACCUCCAAGCGAUGUAGAAUCUCAAUUGGUUCCUCCCUUGGGUGGAAGGAACCGAAUGCACGUAUGAUAUUAUGCACUUGGAGCCUGUCCACAUGACUACCAGGCAUGCAGGGUCUCUGAUUGGUACACCCACACACAUCAUUGUUGAGGGGGUGGGACUAGCUGCUGCAACACCCCCUUCGCACAUGUUUUCAGCGCAUGCAAAUGUUUAUGUGUAACAUGCCCUCCACACACACACACAAUAGUUACAUUUCAUUUAAGGUACACAUGGCAUCAACUAAGCUCAUUGUGCUAGAUUGGCCUUCCCCAAUUCCCAUCAGACUCAGCCAGCCUGGCCAAUGGGCAGGGAUGAUGGCAGUGGCGUGCGGUGAAUUUUUUUGCAGGUGAACAAUUAGGGCCAGAGGCACCAGCUUGCAAGGGUGAUUUUUUUUCUGAGGUGGGGGGACGUCAUGCAAGUGACGUCUUGACAUCGCGUGCGUGAGCAUCGCACCUCCCUCCCUCAGCCAGGAAGAAGUUUCUCUGGCUUUGGGAAGGAGAUACCAGGCCUCUGAAAGGAUGCUGGAGCCUUCCUUCCCCAAACCGGAUGGGCUCUCUACAAUAGAAUUAUAGAGUUGGAAUGGAUCUUGAGGACCAUCUAGUCCAACCCCUGCAAUGCAAGAAUCUCAGCUAGAUAAUACAUGACAGAUUACCAUCCAACCUCUGCUUGAAAACCUCCAAGGAAGGAGAGUCCACCAUCUCUCGUAGGAGUCCGUUCUUACUGUUGGAAAGUUCUUCCUGAAGUUUAGUCAUAAUCUCAUUUCUUGUAAGUUGAAUUCACUGGAUCGGGUCCUAGCCUCUGGAGCCAUUACAUCUGUUGUAGAAAUACCUUCUGAUGCAGAAUUGAAUGUUGCAUGUGUCCAGUUGCUGUCUCCAGGUCAGGGUUGCCUUUUCUCAAUCAAAAAAAAAAAAAAAGGUAAAGGACCCCUGACAGUUAAGUCCAGUCACAAACGACUCUGGGGUUGUGGCACUCAUCUCGCUUUACUGGCCGAGGGAGCUGACAUUUGUCCACAGACAGUUUUUCCGGGUCAUGUGGCCAGCAUGACUAAGCCACUUCUGGUGAAACCAGAGCAGUGCACAGAAACGCCGUUUACCUUCCCGCCAGAGCUGUACCUAUUUAUCUACUUGAACUUUGAUGUGCUUUCGAACUGCUAGGUUGGCAGAAGCUGGGAUGGAACAAUGGGAGCUCACCCUGUCGUGGGGAUUCGAACCUCCGACCUGCCAAUCGGCAAGCCCAAGCCUCAGUGGUACACCACAGCACCACUUUUCUCAAUAGGAACCUCUUAAUUUUUAUUUUUUAUUCCAGGAGAAACUGUCAUCCAUGGUGUAACAGGGGAGGAGAGUGACAAGCUUUGCAGCUUUACCAAAAAGGCAUUGCAUAUUCAGCUGGAUAGGUAAGAGCAUGGGUAGGCAAACUAAGGCCCGGGGGCUGGAUCCGGCCCAAUCACCUUCUAAAUCCAGCCCGCAGACGGUCCGGGAACCAGUGUGUUUUUACAUGAGUAGAAUGUGUCCUUUUAUUUAAAAUGCAUCUCUGGGUUAUUUGUGGGGCAUAGGAGUCUGUUCAUUCUUUUUCUCUAAACUAUAGUCCGGCCCCCCACAAGGUCUGAGGGACAGUGGACCAGCCCCCUGUUGAAAAAGUUUGCUGACCCUGGGUAAGAGCCAUGAAUUGAGGGUGGAAGUUUGAUACUUGUGUGACUGGCUGAUAAUGGGUGUCAGGGUUGAUUUAGAGCUCCCUUUUCCCAAUUUAGGACAGUUGAUCUGAAUGAGAAACACCUCUUUUUUUAAAAAAAAAAAAGGUACAGUCUAGACCAGCCUUUCCUGACCUGGUGUCCUCCAAAUGUUUUGGGACUGAUGGGAGCUGUAGUCCAGAACAUCUGGAAGGUGCAAGGUUGGGCAACGCUGGUUUAGACUUCCCUGGCCUGUUAGUACAUGAACUAGCAAGACUGGUGUUCAUAGCAGCAUUUAACCUUCCAACUCAAAGCACUGUCUGGUCAUCAUUUGAAAUGCCUGGAUUUCAGAAGAGAUUACUGUGAAACUCAAGUAGGCUAAAUUUUGGGUUUUGUAAAAAGCUUUUUGAGGUUGGGGAGAUAAUCAAAUACAUGUGCACUCUCUUGUAAAUCCUGUCUAUGUAAACAAAUCAAGAGCACCAAACCUUUGUUGAUUCUUUGAAAACAGUUGCUUAUCAAGUUACUAGCAGUGCUGAAUAGUCUCUCCCUCUGUCUCUCUGUGUCUCUCUCUCUCUCUAGUUUGCCAGAAGUACCAUCCUUAGUUGAUGUGCCUUGUUUAUCUGCCCAGUUGGAUGACUCUCUCCUUACAGUAGUGAGAAAUCAGAUCUUUAACCAUGGAACAAUAGCAUCUCGACCACCAAUACAGAUAGAAGAGCUGAUUGAGAAGCCUGGGGGCAUCAUUGUUAAGUGGUGCAAGGUGGGUGGAAAAGAGUCUUUUCAAGAUCAGUCUCCAAUAUGCACUUUCUUUCUUUUUGUUUGUGCUUUAAUCACUUUAAUCACUUUCAUUUAAGUGGGUGGCGCUGUGGGUUAAACCACAGAGCCUAGGGCUUGCCGAUCGGUAGGUUGCGGUUCGAAUCCCCGCAACAGGGUGAGCUCCCAUUGCUCGGUCCCUGCUCCUGCCAACCUAGCAGUUUGAAAGCACGUCAAAGUGCAAGUAGAUAAAUAGGUACCACUCCGGCGGGAAGGUAAAUGGCAUUUCCUUGCUCUGCUCUGGUUUGUCAGAAGCAGCUUAGUCAUGCUGGCCACAUGACCAGCCAGUAAAGCGAGAUGAGCGGCGCAACCACAGAGUCGUCUGCGACUGGACCUAACGUUCAGGGGUCCCUUUACCUUUAAGACAGUUUGUGAUUAUUGAUUCUCAGGCAAGACAGUUUGCAAUUACUCUGACCUCAUAGACUGAAAGUCCAAUCCUAACCAGGUAUACUCAGGAGUAAGUCCUGUUGAAUUCGGGGGGGGGGCUUACUCCAGGGUAAGUGGGGUGUAGGAUUGCAGCCUUAGCUGGCUAUGAUAUUUUUUGCAUUCCAUGUUUUAAAAAAUCUGUCUUUUUCUGCUUUGCCUUGGAAUGUUUUAGACAGUUUCUGCAGACUUCUUGAAGUUCUUUGCAAAACCAAAAUUAACUUGCAGCAUCUAUAAGCAAAAUCAAGAAGAAGGGUACAGAAAAGAUGCCUUCCUCUCUCUGCAUUGACCCAAAUUAUUCCCCUUUUGAAAUUACAGUAUAUUUCAUUGCUUCAUAUUUCAUAGACUCAGGAAGCUUCUCCACAAAUUAAAGACUUUCUCAUGAAUUCAUAUUACAAGUAGCAGUUUUUAACUCCAUGAUUGUGUGGCUUACAAAUACCUACUUUGAGAUGGUUCCCUAAACAGAUAUGCAGUGCAUUUUUGGAUAACUUUUUGCUUUUAAAAAAAGAAGUAGCCAGCCUACAUAGUGAGUGAAGACAGAUAUCUCACUAAUGAUUGCAAACAGCUACAAUGUUCACAUAUUGAUUUAUUUAAAUUAUUAUUAUUAUUAUUAUUAUUAUUAUUAUUAUUUUAUUGUGUCUUUAGGCCAAGGUUAGGAACAAUACACAUAACAUUGCUGUAUAGGAGAGCAGGAUACAAAUGCAAUACAAUAGUAACUACCCUCAACAACCCGUUAAAGAAAACACAACUCCACAAGGAUAGUCAAUGCAGUAAUAAAAUAGGACCAUCAUGUCAUCAACUGCUUCCUGGUCUUCUCUGCCUCCGACAGGAUUUAUGCUGCAGUCAAUGAAACUCCAGUGUUCAAGGGAGACUUUGGUAGUCUACAUGGCUUCCUUUUCCCUUCCUUGUGAUUUCUUGCGACUCUCGACUGCCACUUCUCCUUUGUUCCGUCCUUUUCCUUCUGAAACUGUGCAGGUUGUUUGUUUAUUUACUUAUAUGCCAUUUGCAUGCCAAAAUAACUUGUAAGCAGUAUAAAAUAAAUUACUUGUUUUGUUUUGUGUUUUAAAAACACAACAUAAUUAAAUUUCACAAUAAAGCAAUGCCCUCAAUAAAUCAUUAAAAACCAUACAGUAAAAACCAGCCCUUUCAGAAGCAUAGCAAUUAAACCGACUCAAAAUACAAUUAAAACAGUUGGAUCAGAUAGUUUAAAGUUCAGGGGAAUGCUUGUCUAAACAAGUUAUUGGAGCCCCCAUGCCUGUUUCUUUUUCUUUCCACAAAAAUUACAAAGAGUGAGUUCAAAUGAAACAUGCAAGCUGAGUCCUUUUUGCAAAUCGAACAUCGGUUUGCAUAAUUAUCUGUUUACGCUGUUUUAUUCAGAACACACAAUUGAACUUUCUGGGCACCCAAAUUUUCAUUUAUUUAUUUGCUGCAGAAUGCAGUUACCGCUGAUAUUUUUCUCCUUUCGCUGCUGUGAUAUGAGAGCUUGUGUUGCCCUCCUUCCCCUUGGGAGAGGUUUCUUGAGGACUUCCUGACCAGUGUGACCCUGAGCCAGCAAAGAUCACGUGUUGCUGCUUUGCAAUAUUACCUUGACAACGUUGCACUUCGGAGAGCUAGCAAGAUAGUUGAAUUGGAGGAAGAUUAAAGGCAGUGUGUUUAUCCAAUAACUGGGCUCUGUUUCAGGUCGAUGAGGACUUUGUGCCACAAGAUUACAGGCUUCAGUAUCGUAAGAGUACGGCCGGCCACUUUGAAGAUGUGUAUGUCGGCUCGGACACAGAAUUCAUAGUGCUCCAUAUUGAUCCCAAUGUUGAUUACCAGUUCAGGGUUUGUGCACGAGGAGAUGGCCGCCAAGAAUGGAGCCCGUGGAGUGUUUCUCAGACUGGUCGUUCCACCUUGGUGCCCCAUGGUAUUAUUCUUCGCAUUUAUUAUUAUUAUUAUUAUUUACUAUAUGUAUCCCGCCCAUCUGACUAGAUUGCGCCAGCCACUCUGGGCGGCUUCCAGCAUAUACAGAAACAUAAUAAAACACCAAACAUUAAAAACUUCCCGAAACAGGGCUGCCUUCAGAUGUCUUCUAAAAGUCAGAUAGUUGUUUAUUUCCUUGACAUCUGAUGGGAGGGUGUUCCACAGGGCGGGUGCCACCACCAAGAAGGCCCUCUGCCUGGUUCCCUGUAACCUGACUUCUUGCAGUGAGGGAGCUGCCAGAAGGCCAUCGGAGCUGGACCUCAGUGUCUGGGCUGAACCAUGGGGGUGGAGACGCUCCUUUAGGUAUACUUGGCCAAGGCUGUUUAGGGCUUAAAAGGUCAGCACCAACACUUUGAAUUGUGCUUGGAAAUGUACUGGGAGCCAACGUAGGUCUUUUGGGUAACUAUGAAUAUAAUUACCAUCAUGAUGCCCAAUUGAUGCGAGGGCUUGCAGAGGACUUCCCCCAAAAGGACUCACUUGGAUCCUGCCCUUAGGCAUUGAUUCCAGAGGGACUUCUCUGUGAGUGGACGGAUUUGGGUCCGGAUGUAGGUGUGUUUAGGAACAGAGACUUGUCAUCUUUGUAACGCUGCUGGUGUGGAGUCCCCCCCCCUCCGCCAAUUUCAAAAUAAUGCAGUUUUCCCAUUUUGGAGUGCAGACAAACGUUCUCUAAACAUGAGAGCUGCAGCCCCUCUUUUCUUAGGUGGUGAGCUGGGGUCCCAACAUCCUGGGAAGGCUGUGUUGCAUCGCACGGCAAUCUUGCACCUCCAAGUGAUGCGUACAUGCGUGCUAGUUCCUGUUUGCCCUUCCUUUGUUAGAAUGGACGCCUGGCUUUGAAGGCUACAGCUUAAGCAGCCGAAGAAACAUUGCACUUCGAAAUGAUUCACAAGUGGGCGGGGUGCUAUACUCCAGGGCUCCAACCUACUAUUGCGGUCAGACAUUGACAUUCCGGUAAGUCGUUUUGCUUAGGUAACGUGCUACAGCAUGUUUUCCCCAGCAGGAUUUUGUGUGUGUGCUUGCGUUUGUUUGUUUCUUCCUUGAGCAUAGCUGUCAACCGUCCCUUAUUUGGCGGGAAAGUCCCUUAUCCCAGCGCUGUGUCCCACUGCUGUCUCUUAUUGAUGAGGUCCCUUGAAUUUCCCGGGUUUCAAAGGAAGCAGCUCCUCUCCCUCCCUGCCUGCUGGCCAGGGAGGAGAGAGGCUCCAACUGUGUUGCUUGGCUGCGUUGCUCACCCAAUAAGGAGUCUAAGAAUGACUGGGGGUGGUGGAGCUUGCAUCAGCCGUGUUGCCUGGGGACUCGCCUUUGCUCAGCGCUUCCCAGCGGAGAGGUGACGGUGGUUUUCCUUGCUGCAUCCCCUUUGCCGGGUUGCUGCGCUGUGGGAACCACCGCUUGAGGCUUUGUUUGGCUGCUGGCUGGGCUUUCUGCCUUUGGCUCGGAGGGGCUCAGAAGUUGAACAUACCCGUGUUCAGAAAAUCCCUUAUUUUGGCUGCGGAUCCCUUAUUUUCGAGGCUGCGGAUCCCUUAUUUUCAAAUCUGUAAGUUGACAGCUAUGUCCUUGAGAGAUCUGGCCACCUGUUGUCUUGACUCAGUUUGAUGCAUUGUCUGAUUUUACCCAGCAUUCCUAACCGUUGCCUUAUUUUACCCAGCAUUCCUUGAGCACAAAAGGGGCAAACCUGUAGCACCAAAGGCAGUGUUAGAAACUCAAGAUAUAUAAUCUAGGCACCAUGUGUCUCCUUAAACCAAGGUUACAGUUGCCAAAUUGGAAUGUCCAGUUGCUUUUGGGGGGCAAGAUGGCUCUAAAAGUCUUUUUCUUUUCUUUUCCAAAUGAUGGACUGACUGAUUGAUUCUCAGUUAAACGUCUGGCUAGAUCAGAUGACAGCCUUGAGCUAGGUUAAGAACUUUGAGGACUUAAAGAAGAAAAAUAACUUUAUCCAGGGACAGUCCACAUGUAUAUACUGGCCUGUUCCAACCUCUUUUUCUUAACGGUGACAUGGAUCAUUCAUAAGGUGAGAAUACUCUUCACAACUGUAAGUGGGGCAGUGGGGUGGGGUAAGUGAAGACACGCUGUUGUUGUUUAGUUGUUUAGUCGUGUCUGACUCUUCGUGACCCCAUGGACCAGAGCACGCCAGGCACUUCUGUCUUCCACUGCCUCCCGCAGUUUGGUCAAACUCAUGCUGGUAGCUUUGAGAACAGUAUCCAACCAUCUCAUCCUCUGUCGUCCCCUUCUCCUUGUGCCCUCCAUCUUUCCCAACAUCAGGGUCUUUUCCAGGGAGUCUUCUCUUCUCAUGAGGUGGCCAAAGUAUUGGAGCCUCAGCUUCACGAUCUGUCCUUCCAGUGAGCACUCAGGGCUGAUUUCCUUAAGAAUGGAUACGUUUGAUCUUCUUGCAGUCCAUGGGACUCUCAAGAGUCUCCUCCAGCACCAUAAUUCAAAAGCAUCAAUUCUUUGGCGAUCAGUGAAGACACACUACAACAAUUAAAUAUAACGUUGUUCACAGCUCCUGCUCAGGCUGCAUUUUGGUUCCUGAAAUUCAUUCCGAUUGUGCAGAUAAAAUAUAACCGGUAGAAUUCUACAGCAUGCAGUAUUAGUGUGUGAAAACAGUCAAGAUCCAAUGAUCCCCAGGCACGCACCUCCAGAUGGUGGAGAGGUCAGGUGCCCCAGGCAUCUUUACUUGGUCGCAAGUGGUCGCUAGUUUGGUGCAAAAUGCGCCUCUGGCACUUGGCUAAUUUCGAACACUGGCCAAGGGUUGGCGUGGAUAAAGGGCUGCACGCUACUGACCCUCAGAGAUCCCUGACACUGCUGCUUCUCUUAAAUAGUGGUGCAGACUGGGGGCAGAGCAGAGGUGGGGCAUCUGCAGUCCAGCUUUUCUCCUCGUUCUUCUUUCAUUAGAUUCCAAGACGGACCAUACCCACCCACCUAUCCACCCAUCAGUCUUAAUUCAAAGAUAUUUGAAGCCCACUGUGCCCUAAAUUGUCCUGAGUGAUCCCUUAUCUAGUCAUUUCCUCCCUUGGCAGAGGAGCUCGCUCGUUCCGCUGGAGCCAUUGCAAAGAUUCCAGCUGCAGUUGCUGGUUCAUUUGUGUCCAAUAUUUGCCACCUCCCCCUUAAUUAUAGAUCCUACUAUGCUACAGAUGGCUGACUUCAGCGGAACCUCCCAGCAGGAGGAGGCUGCUCAGGCAAUGUUGGCUUUCAGACUUAAACUUUCUAAUUUGGGACAAUGAUGUUAGAAAUUCUGGCACUGCUCCUGUCCCCAGGGCGAUGCUGUUUGGGCCAAGGAAGGGACCCUGUGGAACUGCCCUGGUGCCAGUUGCUAUUAGUAGGGUAAGAGACUUAGUCUCUGAUUACACAGAUGCUUAGCUUUAGGAAGCCUCAUUCAAUAGGCUUCCCACUCGCUCUAACCAGCUCCAUAUGGCCCUGGUAAGCUAUUGGCAGAGGCCCUACAUUGCAUCCUCCUGCCUUCUCCAGCUAGGGGACGCAGGAGUGGACCUACUUGGCUGCUGCACCCAGGUCUCGAACCUGGGUGUGGCUGCCCUCCUCCCCUCUUGGCUUUCCGUCAGAGUGUCCACAUUCCCACCCCCUGAGAGCACAUAAUGCAGCCGCCUUGCUGGAGCUGAGCUUAGUCUAGGUCUGUUCAGCGCCUGAAUGGGCCAUCAUCUCGGAACCCCGCAUAGCUUUGCUUUGAGUUCCACGAUCAGAGAAAGGUGGGGUGUCAUUUUUCUUUCGUUUUUAAAAUAAUUGUUGUUGUUGUUUAGUCGUUUAGUCGUGUCCGACUCUUUGUGACCCCAUGGACCGGAGCAUGCCAGGCACUCCUGUCUUCUACUGCCUCCCGCAGUUUGGUCAAACUCAUGCUGGUAGCUUCGAGAACACUGUCCAACCAUCUCGUCCUCUGUCGUCCCCUUCUCCUUGUGCCCUCCAUCUUUCCCAACAUCAGGGUCUUUUCCAGGGAGUCUUCUCUUCUCAUGAGGUGGCCAAAGUAUUGGAGCCUCAGCUUCAGGAUCUGUCCUUCCCAUGAGCACUCAGGGCUGAUUUCCUUCAGAAUGGAGAGGCUUGAUCUUCUUGCAGUCCAUGGGACUCUCAAGAGUCUCCUCCAGCACCAUAAUUCAAAAGCAUCAAUUCUUCAGCCUAACAACACUAAAAAUGAAGCAACCGUUAAACACUGUAGGUAUAAAAUACCAGUUACUACUAAAGCCAAGAAUAAAACAGGCUCAGAACUUCAACAGCAUAACGAGAUUCCUGCCUCCAUGCAGUGAGCGAGACAAAAAAAUUGCUCUGGGGAGGCCAGUGAAAACCAACGAGUCUUUAAGGCACUGCAACAAGGCUGAAGUGCAGCUGGCUCCCGCAGCUCUAGUAGCAGGGAGUUCCAAAGUUGUGGAGCCACUGCAGAAGAGUUGGUUUGCUCGUGUUCUCUUGUGGACGCCCAUCUCACAGAUUUAGACUGUUCCAAGUUAAAUUUUUAAUACAGUGGUACCUCGGGUUAAGUACUUAAUUCGUUCCGGAGGUCUGUUCUUAACCUGAAACUGUUCUUAACCUGGAGCACCACUUUAGCUAAUGGGGUCUCCUGCUGCCGCCACGCCGCUGGAGCACGAAUUCUGUUCUCAUCCUGAAGCAAAGUUCUUAACCCGAGGUAAUAUUUCUGGGUUAGCGGAGUCUGUAACCUGAAGCGUAUGUAACCUGAAGCGUAUGUAACCUGAAGCGUCUGUAACCCGAGGUACCACUGUAGUAACCUUUUCAUUUCCUAAGGGCGUUAAUGGAUUCAUUUUCUUUCCCCUCAUUUUUGUGUUUUCCCUCUCUGCCUACUGUUCCUUCCUUUCAGUGGGAGUAGGAGAGGGCUGUUUUUAAAAUGCAUUUUUCUGCCGCGAGCUUCCCUGGAUGCUUUUUAAACCGAAAAAUGGGACAGAAAUGUUUUCAAACAACACGCUGCCUCAGAGCUCUUUCACCCACAAGGCUCAUUCUUUUUUUAUUAUUCCUCCACGGAUGUGUCUCUUGACUCAGGCAUUGCUUUGACAGAGGUCUUUCUUCAGGGUGGUGUCAGUCAUUUUACAGCCCCCGCUGUUCAUCCGUCAUGGACUGGUGUGUUUACCUGUCAUGGACUCAGAGGAAUGGUGGGAGGCGUCAGCUGGGGAACCACCAAGGGAAGAAGGCUCAGAGCCCAGGGGUGGGGGUAGGACAUUAAUGAGUGGUGAGAGGGAGAAGAGGGGAAAGACUAGGAAGAGGUAACAGGGCUUAGUGAGCUGGGAGAAUCAGUGACGGAGAGAAGUCCAGAAUCAGAGGCAGCUGCUGAAGCAGGAGACUAGGAGGAGGGAGGCCAAGAGGCAGCGAUGGGUCAGGAUGGUGAGACACAGGGGUCUCCCACUCUUGCUUUGACAAGCUUCCCUCCCCUCUGGUAUCCCAGAACCAGAAGAGGACUGAAACAGGUGGAGCGACAGCAUGUAGGCGCAGUCUCUGAUUGCUUGAGGGAAAGCCCUGGAGAGGAGGUGACUUAGAUGGCUGUGGGGAGGUGGGGACUUUCAGCCUCGGCAACUGAAUCAUGGGGCAAGGCCUACUGGGGAUGAGAUGAGCUGCUGUGCUCAUUUGGCUUGACACUCAGCCAAGGGUGAAAUGUGAAGAUUGUGUUUUUGCUAAUAAAGGGUUAAGUUAGAAUGGUGUGAUUUAUUGCCGGCCGGCUCUUUGACAUCAACUCAGUUUCUAGAGCCAUCAUUCCCCAAACACAGUAGCGUUCCGUGUGCGAGUAGUUAAUUAACUGAAUGAAAUGCUGUUGGGUCCAUGGUUGCUCCCUGCCUCCCCCUCCCCACAACUUGGGAAGAAACCAUAGGUCAGUCGUAGAGCGUAUGCCUCACAUGCAUAAUCUUCCAGCAUCUCCAGUUAAAAGGAACAGGUAAUUAGAAAAAACUCUUCUCUGCCUGCGUUAGAUCCUAGAGAGCUUCUGCAAGAGUAGACAAUGCUGUCUGGUUUACGCACAUCUGAGCCAAUGGCUAUAAAUAAGUGCAGAAGUUUAAAAUAGUAUUAAAAAAUAAAAAUAAAAAAACCAACAACAUUGGCUGACAAAAUCUGAUUGUAAUUCUCGGGUUUACUUUUCCAAAGAGAGCUAGAUUGCUUCCAGAUGGAAGAGAUUUAGGUUUUCCCUACGCUGCCCUCCAUUUUGCAAUGCACAUUUUUGGCUCUUGGGAGACAGGAAGGCUUGGUGGGAGUAUUCGCAGUGCAAUAUGGCUACAAAUUUGAGCUGUACUCAAAAUGUCUUGUCAGGCGUCUCAUUAUUACCCAACCUGUUUUUUUUUUUUUUUUUUUAAAAAGCAAGCAAAACAAAUGUAAUUUCCUCCUGAAAAUUUCAAGCGAUACUUAUCGCUCAACACAUGUUCCAUAUACAGUUUGCUUUCAUUGCUGGCUAUAGGAAAUUGCGUCAUCUCUAAAAUAAACUGGUGUGUUUUCUUUUAUGUCUGCCACUAUGAUCAGUGUCUACAACUUCACUGGUAUGUUUAACCGGCAAGAAGCAGGGCUGUAAAUGCGCUCCUCUUCUUGCAUAGGUCCAAUCUGCAGGUGUUUUGUCUCAUUGGUCAGGCAGAUAACAUUCUUCCAUGAAUGGUGGGGAUUUUUUUGAAAGGGGAAAAAGAAUGAUGUCUUCCCCAUUAAUAACCCCCUGAACAAGGAUAAUGCAUUGUUUUCACAUAGCGGUGCAUAUGACGCAUUGAUGAAAUGGGAAGAUAAAUUUAACUUGAAUCAGAAUGAAUACUAGACUAAUUAAAACUUGAAAAACAUUUUUCAUAAAAUAAAAAAGAAACUGUCUAAAACUGUAAGAAUACUAGAAUAUUAAAAAAAAAAGCACCUGUGGUAGUUUGCCUGGGGGUCUAGGAACAUGAUGUGGCCAAAUAUUGGAUUGUUUUUGUUUUGAGUAUGUAUUUUGUGUUUUUAUAUCAUCAUUUUAUCCUGAGAACCACCCUAAGACCUGCGGAUAUAGUGUAUAGGGUUCAUGGGAUACGGGUGACGUUGUUGUCUAAACCACUGAGCCUCUUGGGCUUGCCGAUCAGAAGGUCAGCGAUUCAAAUCCCCAUGACAGGGUGAGCUUCCAUUGCGCUGCCCCAGUUCCUGCCAACCUAGCAGUUCGAAAGUGCGCCAAAAGUGUAAGUAGAUAAAUAAGUACUGCUGCGGCGGGAAGGUAAACGGCAUUUCCGUGCGCUCUGGUUUCCGUCACGGUGUUCCAUUGCACCAGAAGCGGUUUAGUCAUGCUGGCCACAUGACCCGGAAAUCUGUCUGUGGAAAAAUGCCGGCUCCCUCAGCCUGAAAGCGAGAUGAGUGCCACAAUCCCAUAGUCGCCUUUGACUGGACUUAACCGUCCAGGGGUCCUUUAUCUUUUUUUUUAAUAGGGCAGUAUACAAAAUUUAAUUUAAUUAAUUAAUAAGUAAUAAUAAUUUGUGUCUCUUUCCUAAUGUGAUCCCUCAGCACUUUGAAUGUCAUCUCUUUAUCUGUGUGAUGGUUCAACAUUCUUAGAUGUGCCUAUAUCCAAAAUGGUACAUGACCCAUGAAUCCAUUCGAUCAGCUUACACCCUGAGCUGUCGCAGUUUUGCCAGUUUACUUCAGUGCUGAAUGAGUUGCACAUAGUGUGGCUCCAUGUGCUGAGAAUGAAUGGGCAAACCCUCACCUAGAGAGAUUUUAUGAUUUUUUUUUUUUUUUUUUGCUUUAGUUUGCUCCACUUUAACAAAGAGGCAGCCGUUCCAACGAGCCACAGAUUCAGCAAUAAAGUUUCCUCUACCAAUUUACUGCCGCUGAACUGAGGCAAACGUCAACAUUGUUGCCGUAAUUUUCAGGGUGUGGGUGAUAGCAUAAGAAAGGUGCAUUGUCAUUGAUAAAAACCUGAUACAAUUUAUAUUAAUAGCACAAAAUGCAUCCAACUUUCUCCUCAGAAUUGAAACAGUCGGUCAGCCGGACAAAAAAGACAGUAUAGGUGUUUGUGUGGCGCAGCAGAAUGGCGCUGAUUCCCUGCAGAGAGAUAAAGCAGUUUGCGUGAGCACCAACGGUGAGUUGCCCAAGAAUUCACUUGCACAACUUUUUUUAAAUGAAAAAUAAUCUGAUUUAUCCCAGAUUUUGCCCUCUUCUGUCCUCUAAUAUAGUCUACAAAUUCCAGAACUAUAUAAAACCUUAGAACUGUGAAUUUCUUUAUUUUUAGAACUUACUUGUUUUAUUUUUAUUUCGUAAAAUUUAUAUCCUGCUUAUGAAGGUGAAGCUUCAAGAAUCUGGGAGCUAUCGCCCAACCUGGUGACCUCCAAACAGCAACGGGAAAUUUAUAAGUCUCUCUUAAGGGCACAACCUUCUCCCAAGGCAGCUUCAUUCAAAUACAAAAGGCGUAGGCAAACUCGGCCCUCCAGCUGUUUUGGGACUACAACUCCCAUCAUCCCUAGCUAACAGGACCAGUGGUCAGGGAUGAUGGGAAUUAUAGUCCCAAAACAUCUGGAGGGCCGAGUUUGCCUGUGCCUGAAAUACAGUACAGUAGUACCUCAGGUUAAGUACUUAAUUCGUUCCGGAGGUCCGUUCUUAACCUGAAACGGGUGUUUUUAACCUGAAGCAUCACUUUAGCCAAUGGGGCCUCCUGCUGCCGCCGCGCCGCCGGAGCACGAUUUCUGUUCUCAUCCUGAAGCAAAGUUCUUAACCUGAAGCACUAUUUCUGGGUUAGCGGAGUCUGUAACCUGAAGCGUAUGUAACCUGAAGCGUAUGUAACCUGAGGUACCACUGUAUAACUUAGCUUUAUAUCCAUAGCAGCGGCUCUCAGCUGGAGCAUGAUGGAGGAGGUGUCCCUGUUUGCUGAUAGCCUCAGCAGAAAGUGUUCCUAUAUAACACACAUUUAAUUAUCGCUGACUUUCAUUUUUGCAUUUCAUUGGCAUUCAAACACCCCCCCUUACAGUUUCCCCCAUUGUUUACCUGCCAACUAACAUUUCACUUCGUGCAUCGUGACAAAGCAGGACUGUGUCCACAGAAGCUUAUGCCUUAAUAAAUGUAUUCAUCAUUAGGGUACUGCAGGACUCCAAGAGACUUAGCAUGGCUAGCAGUCUGGAAAUUUAUAGUUACUUCAGGAAAUCAACGCAUUGUGGAGCAAAGGGUAGGGCUCUUGAGAACAAAUUCAGUGGAACCUUGGUUCUCAGACUUAAUCUGUCCCAGGAGUCCGUUUUACUCCCGAAACCAUUCAAAAACCAAGGCGUGGCUUCCGAUUGGCUGCAGGAGCCAAAUACAGAUGCCAAAUAUAUAUAUAAUUUGGCAUCUGUAUUUGGCUUCUUCUUUGGUUUUAAUUGGUAUAAAAUGGAAAGCUUAAAAAAAAAUUUAAAUAAAGAAAUAAGAAAAAUUGGACCGAUUAACUAAUGCUGAUUUCUUGCUGGCCUAAUAAUAUAAUACUAUAUAAUAAUAAUUUAUUAUUUAUACCCCCCCCCAUCUGGCUGGGCUUCCCCAGCCACUCUGGGCGGCUUCCAAAAAAAUAUUAAAAUACUGUAAUACAUCAAACAUUAAAAGCUUCCCUAAACAAAAGCUUCCCUAAUAACCUUUAUAAAGUUGUUUGCAAGGCUGCAAAGGGGGAUAGAAUAGUCAGAUCACAAUCCAGACGUUACUGGGUUUUCAUGUCUAGUUCAUGAAAGCUAAUGUUUCUUGCCUUACCUGUUCCAGGUGCUGUCUUUGUAAACGGAAAAGAGAUGACAAACCAGUUGCCUGCGGUUACUUCAGGAUCAGCUGUGACAUUUGACAUAGAAGCUGUGAAUUUAGGCCCUUCCAAUAAUAAUAAUGAAGGGGGGAACUUCAAACUCAGAGUGACAAUUGGCUCCAACAACAGGGAAGUGGUCUUUGACUGGGUACUUGAUCAGUCCUGCGGUUCUCUUUAUUUUGGGUGUUCGUUCUCCUAUCCAGGCUGGAAGGUGCUGGUGUUCUAACUUCUCCACCUCUGAAAUGAUGCCAAUUGUUUUAAACUGUAUCAUUCCUCCAGUGGUUGGACUUGGUCAUACAGCGAUUAACUAGUGCAGGAGGGAGCCCUCUAACGCAACCUGCCGAUGUGAUAAACAUUACUUGAACUAUUUACUGUAUACAGUUUAAAAUACUGAUGGUGUGUUUAAGUAAUCUGGGGUGGGGGUGGGGAGUAAGCCUUCACUGUUGCUAUCAAAUUUGUAUUACUAUUAUUUUUAUUAUUAUUAUUAAUUUUAAGGGAGGAAAAGCCAGAGUUGAACCUUUUGCUGUGCUCCUGUCUGUGUGGUUACGCUUAAUGAACAGCCCAAUUUUGCUAAAGUGCUGUUCUUUUGGCUCAGGGUUUAUGGACCAAAGUUCCUUGUAUGCUUAUCCUAUUCAUCAGAGUACGGUACUGUAAACUGCAGCUGGGCAGACACUCAGCAAAUGCUUCAUUUUUGUCAGUUGAAUACCAGGCAUUAGUGUUUCUUGAAUCCUGCUCCCCCAUUUACUGCAACCAGCUGAAGUAUUUGUUUCCCCAUGUGCAGUACCUCGGUCUCAUCUCUUUACCUGUGUGCCUUGGUUUUUAUUCAAAAGUAUUGCACAGGACAGAUAGAUAAGCUUUCCAGCAGUGAACAUGCAGUGCCCAGUUGAGUGCCAUUGAACGGCUGAUAUUUAACUUGGGCUUUAUUAUUACCUCCUGCUUCAGAAAGUGCCUCUACCAAGAUGAUGUCACAUGUUCCCAGGGGAAAUUCUAUAGUAGAGGAGGCCAGCCUGUGGGGCAGAUCCUGCCCAGGAGGCCAUGUGUGGCAGCAGCCUGUUAAGAUCAGGCAAUUUUGGUUACCUUCAAAAAGCCUCUCUUUUCCCUCUGGCUAAGGUAACAUUGCAGGAAGAUCUAGAGUAACGGUUCUCAACCUGUGAGUCCCCAGAUGUUGUUGGACUACAACUCCCAUCAUCCCUAGCUAGCAGUGCCAGAGCUUAGGGAUGAUGGGAGUUGUAGUCCAACAUCUGGGGACCCACAGGUUGAGAACCGCUGAUCUAGAGGCUCUGAGAGGGAACACACCAUUUCUUGCAGUGGUGGCUCCCAAAAGGAGGAAGAGAUUUUUUACAAGGGAAAAGAAGAAGUCCUGAUCUAGGAGAUGUUCCUCUCCUAGCCCAGUACUCCCAUCAGGAAAAAUGCUAUUGAAAAGAUCUCUGUCUCUCCCUCCCCGCCCUGUUUUUCUGCUAAUCAGCAGAAGGGGAGGGUGUGUCUGAUAUAUGGCUAGUGACUGUGUUGGCCACUUCUGGCACAUGGCUGUCAGUGGGUUGACCUCAACAGCAUCCUUCUGCUGAAAGAAUUAGGCUACGCUUAUUCUGUAAGGAGGUUUUGUAGAACUUCUGAGCAUUUGUGGGUGGGUGGGUGGGAAUCUAUAGUAGGUGGCAGUCAGAAUUAACCAGCAUUCUUAUACAUCAUUGCUUUGCCCUUUCUUACCCAUCCAUGAGUUCAAAGAACAACUCUGCAAUAACUUACUUAGGAUAGCGUGCUACAUGAAUGAUGCUGAAGUUAAGGUACCAUGUAGACAAAGGUGUCUGUAAAUGCAUCAUCUAUCAGGGAUUUUAUUAUUGUGCUGAUGUAACAAGGUCAGUGCAUAGACAGGGUAGUGAUAUUAAGAGGGAAUAACUGCUGUGUGGCACAGUUGUGCACUCAAUCGGGGUUUCCCAAACUUGGGUCUCCAGCUGUUUUGGGACAAUUUCCAUAAUCUCUGAGCAUUGCUUCUGCUAGCUAGAGAUGGCGGAAGUUGUAGUCCCAACAGCACUUGUUCUAAUGAUAGUUUAGGCCAGGCGUGACCCUCCAGAUGUUGUUGAAUUACAACCCCCACUAGCCUUGGUCAUUGGCCAUACUUGCUGGGACUAAUUUGGCUUCUAAUUUAGGAAGCUCUGGAAGGCCAAAGGUUUCUCUCCCCUCCUCCACCCUUUGUUUAGGCAAAUUCAACCGUGCAAGUGACGUGAAAUGCCCUUUUUUCAUGUUUAAAAUAUAGUACAGACCAGUAUUACUUGCAGACAUGUCCUGUCACAAACUGUAGCUGUUCAGUGCCAGCCAGAGGCUGCUUACCACAGCAUCCUGUUGAGGACAAACAAAGUAAGACGUUGUUGAUGAAAAACAGGAAAGCACCUUGCUGCAUAUCCCAGCUGCUCUAGGGCUGCGCUGAUGCCAAGACCUGGGGUGCUGGCACAAGAGCUCCAGUGACCCUUAAACUGGAGCCUAAGAGGAUGGCAAUAUCUCCUUGCUGCACCAAGUUAGGGCCUCUCCCUGGUCCUGAAGCCUUAAGGCAAUUACUAGUGGGGAACCUUUGUCCCUCCAGAUGUUGCUAACGACAACACCCAUCAGCAAUAGCAAGCGUAGCCAAUGUCCUAGAACGAUGGGAGUUGUAGUUCAGUAACAUCCAGAGGGCUAAAGGUUCACCCACCUUCUCUGUAGCCCAACAGCUCUGCGGAAUGAGGCUGUUGACAUUUUGCAAGCAAAAGGCUCCCCCCCGACACUCCCUUGGCCGCAAAGUAAAAAGCUGGUGUUUGUCGUGUUCUCUUGUGCCACAUGCCAGUAUAUUUCCCUUGCACGCAGGCAAGCAGCCUGCCUUAGUCAUGUUAACGCAGGUGGCAUCGUAGAAUUGGGAGGGACCCCCCUCCCCGAGGAUCAUCUAGUCCAACCCUCCGCAAUGCAGGAAUCACAAUUAAGGCAUGAGCUACAAUUAGAGCAAUUCUAAGAAUUAGGCAAUAUAGUAAAGUCUAAUGUAAGCAAGCAGAGCUCUGCAAACUUGAAAUGGAGCAAACGACAACACUGUAUGAGAUGUUAAAGGUGGCUAACUCGCCUUCCCCUCCAGAUCUGUUUCCUAAACCUCCCAUAAGAUUUUGAGGGCGCAUUGGGGAAAUCCUGUUGCAUGAUCAGGCCAAUCCUGUUGGAUGUCACCCUGCUGUUACGUAGAGAAAUGUGAUGGCAAAGACGCAAUUCACAUUUAGGUGUCAAGUGUGUGUACAUGAGAUAUAUACACUGGAGGGUGGGAAUCCUCUUCCUCUCGAACAGCCUUUCUCAACCUCUGGGUCCCCAGAUGUUGUUGGACUACAACUCCCAUCACCCCUAGCUAGCAAGGCCAGAGCUCAGGGAUGAUGGGAGUUGUAGUCUAACAUCUGGGGUCCCACAGGUUGAGAACCGCUGCUCUAGAAUGGGUUAUAGAUGAACUGGAGCUUGUAAAUGUGCCUCUGACCAGGAGGCGGCUGUGCUGCCUUCCACAAAGGCGCACAUAUGGGGGAAAUUGUGGCCUGCCAUAUGCUGUUGGGACUACAGCUCCCAUCAUUCCUGACCGCUGGGGCUGACGGGAGUUGAGAAGUCCAUGCAUGCAGUGCUUGGUUCAUAGAAAACUUGUAGACAGAACUGGGUGGCUGAAGUUGCUUAGCUUCACUCCUGCAACAGUAGUUUCCAACCCUG